AUGAAAAUGGCAGCACGCACCACCAAGCAAUUAAUCCUGGCUAACAAGCCGGCCGGUAUGCCUGUGCUCUCCGGCCCGGACGCGACCUUCAAGCUCCAGACCGUAACCCUCCCGGAACUGAAGGAGGGCGAGAUUGUAAAUAACCCCGAUUCUUACCUCGAGCACAAUACUUACCUGGAAUUCUAUAGUUGUGCAAGGUGCAUGCCUUCUCAAACGAUGCAGGCCAACGCGGAUUUAUCCAGAGCACAGUUUCCGAUGAGCGGCUCUAUGUCCCACCUGUUCACGUCGGCACGCCGUGAGUUUACUUUCCCUGGCCUUCGUCACUCCAACAUACUGAAUUCACGGGCCGUGUUGACACGACGUAGCAUGCGUUCCGGGGUCAUCGCCGAGGUGCUGGAAUCCAAGUCCCCCAAGAUCAAAGCCGGUGACAUGGUCAUGGAUUAUCACCGCGGCAUCUGGAGUGAACUUCUCAUUCUGAGCGACCAGGAGUGUCAAUUGCUCGCACCCCUCCCAAAUGGAUUGCCCUUGACACAUUACCUGGGCACCUUCGGUGGCUCUGGCCUCACAUCCUACACCGGCUUGUUGUACGCUGGAGGUGCUAAGCGCGACUCCGACCAGACAGUUGUCGUCUCAGCAGCUGGCGGUGCUACAGGCUCCAUGGUUGUGCAAAUUGCAGCCAAGAUACUAAAGGUUAAGCGCGUUAUAGGUAUUGCAGGCUCAGAUGAAAAGUGCGAGUGGGUCAAGAAGAUUGGUGCUCACGAUUGCCUCAACUACAAGAGCCCAACCUUCCUGGAGGAUCUCAAAGCCGCCACGCCGGAUGAAGUUGACAUCUACUAUGACAAUGUGGGCGGUGCCAUUCUGGAUGCCAUGCUGCCGCGCAUGAAGCGCCUCGGCAAGGGCACCAUUGCCGUUUGUGGUGCUAUUGCUCAGUACAACGCCGAUGGAAAACCCAUGGAGCUGCACAACUGGUGCGAGGUCUUCUCUGCAAGAAUUAACAUCAAGGGGUUUAUCAUGUUCGACUUUAUGGAGCACGUUCCCGCCGCUCUGCAAGAGCUGAUUGCUGCCGCUGCUGAUGGAAGGUUAGACUUGUCAGACGCCGAAACAGUAGUGCAAGGCACUCUUGAGCAGCAGCCUGAGAUCUGGACACGCCUAUACACCGGCGAUAACAAGGGAAAGCUGGUUACUAAGCUUGUCGCCUAG